AUGAAGCAAGAUAAGAUGCCAGCAGUUCGGGCCUUGGACAGACGCUUUAAAGUGCAUGUCACAGGGCUCGCGGACUGGAAAGAACCCGGGACACUAGAUCAGGCCUGGGACGGGGAAUUCUGGUUUACAGACGGCUCCAAGACGGGUACAAGCUUCGGCGCGAGCAUCGUUUGUCGACAAAGGAAGGUGGCGGAAAGCCUGUCCCUGGAUGGGUACGCCACAGUUUUUCAGACGGAGAUUGUGGCGAUCCUAAGAUGUGCCCAACUGACCCUGGGAGGAAAGGAGACAGGUGGGCGCGUAAGAAUAUGCUCGGAUAGCCAAGCUGUUAUCAAGGCACUUGAGGCUCCGAUUUAUACCUCGCGGCUGGUCUGGGACUGCAGAAAUCCACUGGAGAAGCUGGCGAGGGAUAAAGAAGUUAUCGUGACCUGGGUCCCCGGUCACUCGGGGAUCGAGGGCAAUGAGGAGGCUAAUCGGCUCGCCAGAGCCGCAUCAAGAAUGGAGGUGUUCCGGCCGGGACCGCCGCUGGGGGUCCCUUUCUGUCUAAGUAGGAGGAGGAUUCGGGCCUGGUUACGGAGUGAGCACCUCGAGUUUUGGAAAAAUAAACUGAGGACCAAAUGUCGACAGGCCGGAACUCUACUGGGGAAAACACCUGGUGAGGGCCUGGUAAGAGACAUAAGGUUCUUGAGUAGAAGAGACGCCAGGCUAGUAGUGCAAAUACUGAUUGGCCAUGGGGUCCUCAAUUACAACAUGCACAGGCUGGGCCGAUCCGAUACGGCCGAGUGUAGGGCUUGUGAGGAGGAAGAAAAGACUAGUCUCCACCUUCUUUGUAAUUGUCCGGCCUAUGCAGGGCUGAGACUAAAACUGCUAGGCUCGGCAUUUCCCGAGCCAGGGCAGAUUAGCAGGCUACCUAUAAGAGACCUGAGUCUCUUUUGGAGAGAAUCGGGGCUCUCGUAA